AUGGUGUCUGUCAAGGUUCUUCUUGCUGUUGCUGCCAUUAAGGGUUGGUCUCUUAGUCAAUUGGAUGCCAAUAAUGCUUUUCUUCAUGGACAUUUGGAUGAAAAGGUGUAUAUGGCUCUUCCACAGGGGUUUCACAGCCAGGGGGAGGUUGUUUGUAAGCUCAACAAAUCCAUUUAUGGUUUCAAGCAAGCUUCUAGGCAAUGGUUUGCCAAGUUUUCAAACACUCUAAUUCAGCUUGGUUUCAUUCAAUCCAAGGCUGACUACUCUUUAUUUACUAGAAGACAUGACAACAUUUUCAUGAUUCUCUUAGUCUAUGUAGAUGAUGUUUUGAUAGCUUGCAAUGACAAGGCUGAAGUGGACAAGUUUAAAAUCAUGCUGGAUAAUAAGUUCAAGCUUAAGGAUUUGGGUAAUUUGAAAUAUUUCCUUGGUUUGGAAGUUGCAAGAUCAGACAAAGGAAUUGCCCUUUGUCAACGGAAAUACACCCUUGAGCUGCUCAAUGAUGCUGGUCUACUGGGCUGUAAGUGUGCUAAGACCCCUAUGGAGCACAACUUAAGACUUAGCAAGUUUGAAGGAGAAGAGCUUAAAGAUCCCAGUCAUUACAGAAGGCUUGUGGGCAGGCUCUUGUACUUAACAAUCACAAGACCUGACAUCACAUUUGCUGUCCAUAAACUCAGUCAGUUUAUGUCCAAGCCAAGGAGACCACAUUUGGAUGCAGCACAUAGAGUGUUGCAGUAUUUGAAAGGUGAACCGAGCAAAGGACUUAUGUUUUCUUCCAACACAGACUUGCAUUUGAAAGGAUUUGCAGAUGCAGAUUGGGCUGCAUGUCCUAACACUAGGAGAUCCGUGACUGGCUAUAGCAUCUUCAUUGGUGAUUCUUUAAUAUCUUGGAAAUCCAAGAAGCAGUCAACAGUGUCAAGAUCAUCAGCUGAGGCUGAAUACAGGUCCAUGGCGGUAGCAACAUGUGAAAUAGUGUGGAUUCUGUAUUUUCUCAAAGAUAUUGGUGUGAAUCAUGACAAGGAGGCCUUAUUGUUCUGUGACAGCCAAGCUGCAUUGCACAUUGGUUCCAAUCCAGUCUUCCAUGAGAGGACAAAACAUAUAGAAAUAGAUUGUCAUGUGGUAAGGAAUAAGGUGUUGGCUGAUCUGCUCACUAAAGCUCUGAAUUAUAAUCAAUUUUCCAUUCUUAGUUGUAAAAUGGGGAUGAUUAAUAUACAUGCACCUGCUGCUCUUGAGGGGGAGUAUCAGAAUCUAAGGAUGAAGUUACCAAGACUAGUGGCAAGAGCAGAGAAGCAUCCAGCAACACAAAAGAUCAAAGACUCACUCACAGAGCUGGUGAUUCUGUAA